UUUUCUUGUUUUCUCCACCUUCUUCACUUCCUCCUUAAUAUAUCAUCACUUCCUCUUCUUAUUCUUCUUCUUCUUCAUCAAAAAUCCAUCAAAGUUUCUCUCAACAAUGGCUACUUCAGCUUCCACUUUUUCUUCUGCUACAAGAAUCUUGCAACCCCUUAACAACAACAACAACACACUUUAUGGUAAUCAGCUUGGAAUGAGCUCCUGUUUUCUUGGAUCAACAAAGAAACUGUAUAUGAAGACACCCUUUUUGUCUCCGAACUCGAAACGGAGAUCUAAAGAUGUUCUUGUUGUUUCUGAGGUUGUCAAGGACAAGAGCUGUAAUGCAGACUCAUCACUUUCUAAUCUGUGUCAUAUUACUUGGCCCCUUGAUAACGUGUUAAUUACCAAAGACGAAGGGUUGGAGUUGUAUGAGGACAUGGUACUGGGACGAGCCUUUGAGGACAUGUGUGCCCAAAUGUAUUACCGAGGAAAGAUGUAUGGUUUUGUGCAUUUGUACAAUGGACAAGAAGCAGUCUCUACUGGGUUCAUUAAACUAUUGAAGAAGGAGGAUUUUCUGGUUGGAGUUUAUCGUGAUCACGUCCAUGCAUUGAGCAAAGGGGUUCCAGCACGUCAAGUGAUGAGUGAGCUCUUUGGGAAGUCCACUGGCUGUUGCAGAGGUCAAGGUGGCUCCAUGCACAUAUUCUCUAAAGAGCACAACGUUCUUGGUGGUUUUGCUUUCAUUGGUGAGAGUAUCCCCGUAGCAACAGGUGCCGCUUUCAGUAUCAAGUAUAGAAAGGAGGUCCUGAAAGAAGCAGAUUGUGAUCACGUAACUAUGGCAUUCUUUGGUGAUGGAACUAGCAACAACGGGCAGUUCUUCGAGUGUUUGAAUAUGGCUGCACUGUGGAAAUUGCCGAUUAUCUUUGUUGUUGAGAACAAUCUGUGGGCUAUUGGCAUGUCUCACUUGAGGGCUACUUCUGAUCCCGAAAUUUGGAAGAAAGGUCCUGCCUUCGGGAUGCCUGGGGUUCACGUUGACGGCAUGGAUGUGUUGAAAGUGAGGGAGGUAGCAAAGGAAGCUGUUGCCAGAGCUAGGAGAGGUGAUGGUCCCACUCUGGUUGAGUGUGAGACUUACCGAUUUAGAGGGCACUCUUUGGCCGAUCCAGAUGAGCUUCGUGACCCCGCUGAAAAGAACCAUUAUGCUGCACGAGAUCCUAUCAGUGCCUUGAAGAAGUACAUGUUUGAGAACAAUCUGGCAAAUGAAGCAGAGUUGAAGGCCAUCGAUAAGAAGAUUGAUGAACUGGUUGAAGACGCUGUUGAGUUUGCCGAUGAAAGUCCUCAUCCUGUUCGUAGCCAGCUACUAGAGAAUGUGUUUGCUGAUCCAAAGGGAUUUGGAAUCGGGCCUGAUGGAAGGUACAGAUGUGAGGAUCCCAAGUUCACCGAAGGCACUGCCGAUGUCUAGCUCUCAAGGCGCAUUCAGUAAUCAACGAUAUCAGGUUUUCAACUACUGAACUGGUGAUUACCAAGCACUUCUACAAAGGUCUUGGUGACCUUCGUAUUAGAAAGUUCGGUACGAAGGUACUUUAUUAUUUCAAUUUAGGUUGGAGUUUUGUUGUCGUUUUUACUUUUCACAUUGUUUUCGAGCUGUACCAUAU